AUGAAGAGUUCUAGAGUCCCUUGUACUGCUCAGAUCUCUUUCAACUUCACAAGUUUCAAUCGAGACAUUAACCACAUCAACUGCACUGGAGAUGCUAAAUCCUCUGAUCCACUGCAUCUUUGGGACAAAGCCACAGGAGCACUUGCAGACUUCAAUAUCCAUUUCUCCUUUGUCAUUAACUCACUAAAUCAGACCCCAUAUGAGGACGGGAUGGCAUUUUUCCUUGCACCAGUUGGUUUCCCUAUUCCUGAUGUCCAAGAAGGAAGAGGUUUAGGCCUUGUCAGCAGUCAACAAAUAUUCAACCCCACGUUCAACUCAUUGCCGACCAAUCAAUUCGUGGCAGUGGAGUUCGACACAUUUAUCAACAAUCAAUGGGAUCCUUGGUAUCUGUGCAAAAUGUGA